AUGUUGGAACCAGACUCAACUACUGCAGAAAAUGUCCCACUUCUUAGCAGUGAAGCUCCAACACCGAAUUAUGAAGGUGUUGACGACGACUCAGAAGAACAUGGAAAUGCCGGGGAGCAUCAACUUGGUGGGGUUGAAAGUCAUGGAGAAAAUAGUGCAGAAGUUACGAAAAGUGCAGGUCCAACUGUAACAUGCAGAGUUUGCCAAGCGAUUAUUCCUAUUGAUGGAAAGACCCGACAACACGUUGUGAAAUGUGAGCAGUGUAAUGAAGCAACGCCAAUUAAAGCUGCUCCGCCAGGAAAGAAAUAUGUGCGUUGUCCGUGUAAUUGUCUCCUUUUGUGCAAAGCUUCAUCCAACCGUAUUGCGUGCCCUCGAGCAAACUGCAAGCGCGUGAUUACGCUUGGUAGCAGCCCAAUCGGGACAGCUGUUCGUUCAAAAAUACUUUUUGUUGCAUAUGGCAACAUUGAACGAUGUUUUUUCAGCUCAUCAGUUGGAGCUCGCUUUGCGCGUUCACGUGCGACUGUUUUCGUUAUCUUAUCUAUUGUGUCUUUGCUUUUUGGGAUUGGACUUACGCUUGGGACCUUACACGUUGCUUCGAGCAGUCCGAUACUGUACAUUUUGUGGGUUGUGGUUUAUGUUAUCUCUGCAUUACUUUUCUUACGCUUCCUGUACUAUUUUACGUUAAAAACUAGUCAAAUACUGGGACCCCUGUAG